UUUCGUUCCGGCCCAAUGACUCCCAUUCACAAAGCAUCCUAGAAGACAGCGCAGGCGCAGUGAUGUCACGUGUGCGCUUUCUGGGGACGAGACCAACCCUGGGAAGACCUGGCAGAGCUCAGGAGUUCUGGCUGUGAUGGCUAAGUCCAGCCUGGGGCAGGAUGCCGACAGCACCGCUGCGGUGGCGGUGCUAAAGCGGGCAGUGGAGCUGGAUGCGGAGUCCAGGUACCAGCAGGCUCUGGUGUGUUACCAGGAGGGGAUUGACAUGCUCCUGCAGGUUCUGAAAGGCACCAAAGAUUCCAGUAAGAAAAGUGUUCUCAGAACAAGAAUCUCCAACUACAUGGAUAGAGCAGAAAACAUAAAGAAAUACUUAGACCAAGAAAAAGAAGAUGGAAAAUAUCACAAGCAGAUUAAAAUAGAAGAGAAUGCAACUGGUUUCAGUUACGAGUCACUUUUUAAAGAGUACCUUCAUGAGACAGUUAUGGAAGUUUGGAUCGAAGACCCUUAUAUCAGACAAACUCAUCAGCUGUAUAACUUCCUUCGGUUUUGUGAGAUGCUGAUUAAGAAGCCAUGUAAAGUAAGAACUAUUCACCUUCUCACCUCUGUGGAUGGGCUUGGGAAUGUGCAGCAAAGUAGUGGCCUGGAAGAAAUAAAGCAAUCCCUCAGGAGUCAUGGCGUGCUGUUGGAAGUAAACUAUUCUUCAUCUAUACAUGACCGAGAAAUUAGGUUCAACAAUGGAUGGAUGUUUAAAAUUGGAAGAGGACUUGAUUAUUUUAAGAAACCACAGGGUCGUUUUUCCCUUGGAUAUUGUGACUUAGAUCUGAGACCGUGUCAUGAGACAACCGUGGACAUUUUCCAUAACAAGCACACAAAAAAAAUCUGACGUGUAAUAACCUAACCAUACAUUUCCGCUGGGUGGUUUCAGCCCAUUUUCUGUUGCUAUAGCUGAAUACCAUACACUGGACAAUGUAUAAAGAAUAGAGGUUUAGGCUUUGGCAUCUGGGGAGGAUCUUCUUUCUGCAUCCCACAUAGCAGAAUGCAACAAGAUGGAACAGGCUUGUAAGGCAGAGCCAGCCACCUCAGAGGUCUCCUCCCCUCUUAACACUGCUCUACUAGGGACCAAGAUUCAACUCCUGAAUGAACCUUUGGGGACACAUUCAAACCAAAGCAAGCAAAUACUGGGCUUGUUUUCCCCCCCCCUUUUUUUUUUAA